AUUUUGUCAACAACUUAUUGAAAUUCCAAAAAAAAACAUUAAUUGACUGAUAUUUAAGCUGAAAAGAUGUCUUUCGAUACUAUCCCAAAAGAUUUAAGAGGAUUGCGUGCAUGUCUAGUAUGCUCACUGAUCAAAACGAUGGAGCAAUUUGAGUAUGAUGGAUGUGACAAUUGUGAAUCAUUUCUCAAGAUGAAAAAGAACAAAGAUCGAGUAAUUGACUGUACUAGUAACAAUUUUGAUGGUAUGAUUGCUGUGAUGAGUCCUGAAGAUUCUUGGGUCUGUAAAUGGCAGAGAAUAAAUCGUUUUUGUAAGGGAGUUUAUGCUAUUUCGGUUUCUGGACGUCUUCCAAAUUCAAUUACGCGAGAUAUGAAAUCCAGAGGCAUCACUUAUCGAUCAAGAGACACAAGUAUGCGAUAAAGGAGUUUAUACAAUCAUCUCAAUUUAUUUUAAUUAAGCUAUAAUUUUGUGGAAUUUCAUUUUUAACAAG